AUGCUGUGCCCGACAAGAUCCGAUGACUUGGUUUUCUUUGUGAACGGGAGAAAAGUGAUAGAGAGAAAUGUGGAGCCGGAGGUGACUCUGCUGACCUUCCUGAGAAAGAACUUACGUCUCACAGGGACCAAGCAUGGCUGUGGGCGAGGAGGCUGCGGGGCCUGCACCGUGAUGGUGUCCACGUACGACUCCACAUCCAAGAAGAUCAGGUAGGUGAGCAUCACAGAAUGCCAGGUUCCACUGUGUCAAUCCAUCUCAUUGAGGGGAGUGAGUGCCACCAUCACUAAGCAAUGACUCUCAUUGGGAAUUGGUGGCAGCAGGAAGGUAAGACCUGUGACCAUACAUGUUUUCUUCCAGGAGAGGAUUGCCAAGAGCCACGGCACCCAGUGCGGAUUCUGUACCCCUGGAAUGGUUAUGUCCAUGUACACUCUUCUAAGGAACCACUUGGAUCCUUCAGAGGAGCAACUCAUGGAAGCCCUCGGGGGCAACCUAUGUCGCUGUACUGGAUAUCGGCCGAUCCUAGAAAGUGGAAGAACCUUCUGCACGGAGCCGAAUGGCUGUCAGCAGAAAGGAACCGGAAAAUGCUGCUUGGAUCAGGGAGAGAACGAUUCUUCCUCUCUUGGCAGUAAAAGUGGGCUCUGCACUGAAUUGUUUGUGAAAGAGGCAUUCCAGCCUGUGGACCCCACUCAGGAGCUCAUAUUCCCCCCAGAACUCAUGAGAAUGGCAACAAACCCAGAACAAUGCACUCUUACUUUUCACGGAGAAAGGGUUACCUGGAUCUCCCCUGGGAGCUUCAAAGACCUCCUGGAGCUGAAAGCUAAAUAUCCCGAAGCACCUCUGGCCCUGGGCAACACCUCAGUGGGGCCCGCCACGAAAUCUCAGGAGCAUUUUCAUCCAGUUCUCCUCUCUCCUGUCAGAAUUCCCGAGCUGUACGUGGUAUCAAAGAAAAGUAAUGGACUGACCAUAGGCGCUGGCUGCAGCCUGGCCCAGAUGAGGGACAUCUUGGCUGAGACCAUUUCUGAGCUCCCAGAGGAGAAAACGCAGACCUACCGAGCCCUGCUGAAACAUCUGAAAAGUCUGGCCGGGCAGCAGAUCCGGAAUAUGGCAUCCCUAGGGGGCCAUGUUAUAAGCAGGCAUCACUACUCAGAUCUCAAUCCAAUUCUGGCCGUGGGCAAUGCCACGCUCAAUCUGAUCUCCAAAGAAGGAGUGCGGCAGAUCCCUCUGAACCAACAUUUUCUCGCUGGAUUGGCAAGUGCAGACCUGAAGCCAGAGGAAAUUUUGGAAUCUGUGCAUAUACCUCACUCUCGCAAGUGGGAAUUUGUGGCAGCCUUCCGACAGGCUGAGUGCCGGCAAAACGCACUGCCGGAUGUGACCGCCGGCAUGCGAGUUCUCUUUGAGGACGGCACCGACACCAUUGCGGACCUCAGCCUCGCCUACGGAGGGGUAGGGGCUGCGACGGUCAGCGCACAGCGGUCCUGCCAGCAGCUCCUAGGGAGGCGCUGGAAUGAGCUGAUGCUGGAUGAGGCUUGCAGGCUGCUUCUGGAGGAAGUCUCUCUGCCCGCCUCCGCUCCGGGUGGGAGGGUAGAAUUCAAGAGGACUCUGGUUGUCAGCUUCCUCUUCAAGUUCUACCUAGAAGUUCUGCAGGAACUCCGGAACCUGCUAGAGCUGUUCUCAGGCGGCAGUCGGCGUUAUCCUGAAAUUCCAGAUCGAUUCCUAAGCGCUCUAGAAGAUUUUCCUGUAGCCAUGCCCCAGGGAAUCCAAAUGUACCAGAGUGUGGAUUCCCACCAACCUCUCCAAGAUCCAGUUGGACGUCCCAUCAUGCACCUGUCAGGUCUUAAACAUGCCACUGGGGAAGCCGUGUUCUGCGACGACAUCCCUGUGGUGGAUAAAGAACUCGUCAUGGCCUUGGUGACCAGCACCAGGGCCCAUGCAAAGAUCACCUCGAUUGAUUCAUCUGAGGCCCUUGAACUACCAGGGGUAGUUGAUGUGAUAACAGCAGAGGAUAUUCCAGGAACCAAUGGUGCAGCAGAUGACAAAUUGUUGGCUGUGGAUGAGGUGCUGUGUGUGGGCCAGCUCAUCUGUGCUGUGGUUGCAGAGACAGAGGUCCAGGUGAAGCGAGCGAUGGAAAAGGUAAAGAUCACCUAUGAAGAUCUGGAGCCCGUCAUCUUCUCUAUCGAGGAUGCCAUAAAACAUAAUUCAUUCCUAUGCCCUGAAAAAAAACUUGAACAAGGAAACAUUGAGGAGGCAUUUGAAAAAGUGGAUCAAAUUGUAGAAGGAGAGGUCCAUGUGGGUGGACAGGAACAUUUCUACAUGGAAACACAGAGGGUGCUUGUGAUUCCAAAAACAGAGGACCAUGAGCUGGACAUUUAUGUGUCAACACAGGAUGCAGCCCACGUGCAGAAAACCGUGUCCUCCACACUCAGCAUCCCCAUCAACAGGAUUACCUGCCAUGUGAAGCGAGUCGGUGGGGGCUUUGGGGGGAAAGUGGGAAGACCAGCUACAUUCGCGGCUAUUGCAGCUGUGGGUUCUUUCAAAACGGGUCGCCCCAUUCGCCUUGUUCUUGAUCGAGAAGAUGAUAUGUUAAUAACUGGAGGAAGACAUCCACUAUUUGGAAAAUACAAAGUGGGCUUCAUGAACAGCGGCCGAAUCAAAGCUCUGGACAUCGAGUGCUACAUUAACGGGGGAUGCACCCUGGAUGAGUCGGAGCUGGUAGCAGAAUUUCUCACAUUAAAGCUGGAAAACGCAUAUAAAAUCCACAACCUCAGGUUCCGGAGCCAUGCGUGCCUGACCAACUUACCAUCCAACACGGCCUUCCGUGGAUUUGGCUUCCCACAAGGAACCCUGGUGACGGAGGCUUGCAUCACGGCCGUGGCUGCCAAAUGUGGCCUUCCUCCAGAAAAGAUCAGAAAGAAAAACAUGUACAAAACAGUUGACAAAACCAUCUACAAGCAAGCGUUUAGCCCUGAGCCGCUGAUCAGGUGCUGGGACGAAUGUCUGCACAAGGCUUCCUUUCACCGCAGACGGGAGCAAGUGGAAGAGUUCAAUAAGAAGAACUACUGGAAGAAGAAGGGCAUGGCUAUCAUCCCCAUGAAGUUUUCUGUUGGCUUUGCUGCAACAAGUUAUCAUCAGGCAGCUGCACUCGUCCACAUCUAUACAGACGGAUCUGUAUUGGUCACACACGGAGGCAAUGAGCUGGGACAAGGGAUUCACACCAAAAUGCUCCAGGUGGCCAGUCGUGAACUAAAAAUACCCAUGUCGUCCAUGCAUGUGUGUGAAACGAGUACAGCCACCGUGCCGAACACCAUCGCGACCGCAGCCUCCGUCGGCUCCGACGUCAACGGCAAAGCCGUGCAGAAUGCUUGUCAGAUCCUUCUGAAACGCCUUGAGCCCAUCAUGAAGAAACACCCAGAAGGCACAUGGGAAGAGUGGAUAGGAGCUGCAUUUGAGAAAAGAAUCAGUCUUUCAGCUACUGGAUACUUCAGGGGCUACAAGGCUUUUAUGGACUGGGAGAAGGGAGAGGGAGACCCGUUUCCUUACUACGUCUAUGGAGCUGCCUGUUCGGAGGUUGAAAUUGACUGCCUGACCGGAGCUCACAGGAAAAUCAGAACAGAUAUCAUCAUGGAUGCAGGCUGUAGCCUAAAUCCAGCCAUUGACAUUGGACAGAUUGAAGGUGCAUUUAUUCAAGGAAUGGGCCUUUAUACUACAGAAGAACUGAACUAUUCCCCUGAAGGCAUCCUGCACUCUCGGGGCCCAGAUGAGUAUAAAAUUCCAACCGUCACGGACAUCCCCGAGGAAUUCAAUGUUUCCCUUUUGCCAUCGUCGCAUACCCCGCUAACCAUCUAUUCAUCCAAGGGCCUUGGGGAGUCGGGAAUGUUCCUGGGGUCAUCGGUGUUCUUUGCCAUCGCUGAUGCUGUGGCCGCAGCCCGCAGAGAACGAGACAUCGCCCAGGACUUCACAGUGAGGAGCCCCGCCACCCCAGAGUGGGUGCGAAUGGCCUGCGCCGAUCGAUUCACGGAGAUGAUCCCAAGAGACGAACCGAAAACAUUUAAACCUUGGUCCAUUCCUAUAGCAUAA